AUGGGAGGAGGAGAGCUACCUGGGCUUUUGGUAAAUGAAAUCGGUGGCAUACAUGGGAUACUGCAUGGCCACGUGGCGUUCCUGAAGAAACAUUUCUACCUCAUCACCAUGAAGGAAUUUCUUGAAAACAAAAAGCAUAUGAGUAAAAAAGUCCAAGCGAUCUAUUUGUGGUGGCACAAACCCAUCAUUGACCAAGAGCUCCUGCAGAGCCUGCCAAAUUUGAAAGUGAUUGCGAAUUCAGGAGUAGGGAUGGAUCACCUGGAUCUGAAACUUGUAGCUAGCUUUGGUGUGAAGAUGGCUAAUGCUCGAUGUGCUGUUUCCAGCAGCACAGCAGAUACUGGGAUGGCUUUGCUGCUGGCAUCUGCUAGAAGGCUAGUGGAAGGCUAUCAUGUUGCAAUUUCUUCAGGCAUGGAGUACUGUGAAGCCGAUUUUCUAGGAGUUGAAGUUACUGGAGCUACUUUGGGGAUCAUUGGCAUGGGCAACAUUGGGUAUAAGAUUGCUCUGAGAGCCAAAGCAUUUGAAAUGAACAUUUUGUACCAUAACAGGAGACGAAGGAAAGAGCAAGAGGAGCAAGCUGUUGGCGCCACUUACUGCGAAAAGAUAGACAACUUGCUCCAGCAGGCAGAUUUCGUGAUGGUUGUGGUGAGCCUCACACCUCAGACACGCAAGCUGAUUGGGAAAAGAGAGAUGGAGCUGAUGAAACCCACAGCUACUCUCAUUAACAUCAGCCGAGGUGCAGUAGUUGACCAAGAGGCACUGGUGACAGCCCUGCAGACCGGUGUUAUCAGGGCCGCUGCUUUGGAUGUCACCUACCCGGAACCAUUGCCCAGAGAUCAUACAUUGUUAAAAUUAAAGAAUGUCAUUAUAACCCCUCACCUCGGCAUUAAAACAGACAAGGCCACCUACAUGAUAACAGAGGAAGCAGUUGAAAACAUACUAGCAGCUCUUAAUGGUCUCCCCAUUCCCAAUGAAGUGCUCCCUAGCUGA